GCUUAUAAUUUAUUAAAUGGAUUCUGGCAGGUUUUGCUUCUCUUUACUAGAUAAGCCGGAAGUUUCAUCUUCCUGAAUAUAAAAGAAUGGGAGAAGAUCAUUCCUGAUGAUCUUCUAAAAUGAGUUUCUUGAAAGAGAGAAGCGGAGUUCCCCCCAAAAAAGAAAACUCAGUCGACAUGGAGGGGAACGAUAGCUUCUGGUUACAGAUAAUGGCUGAAUGUGAAGCCAACUCGCCAAAUAAGCUUCCCUCUUCCAAAUCUCUGCUGUUCCUUGGCGACAACAACGCACAGAAAUCACAGUUAGUUGCUAGACUUCAAGGAACUAGCGAAAAAUAUUGCAAGGGAAACGGCCUUGAAUACUAUUUCCUAAAUGUGAGAGAUGAGUAUGGCGAAAACCAAACCAAGCUGGACGUAUGGGUGUUGGACGAUGACCCUUCUUUUCAGAGACUCCUAAAGUAUGUUCUGAAUGAAAAUACCAUAUCAGAUACCACUGUAGUUCUUACGGCAACUAUGACGAAACCUUGGGAUAUGUUUCGCUGCAUUUGCACCUGGGUCGAGAUUUUGCAAAAACAUAUAGCGAAAUUGCAGAUUCCCGCAACUGCCUUAGAAGAGCAGAAGUCAAAAGUUCUACGUCGUUUCCAAGAAUACGUCGAACCAACAAUGAGCAUCUACGGAAACUUGGAGGAGCAGAAUAGCUCGGCGGAAAUAGAAAAUAAUUUAGGGUUGGAAAUAAUUGUAGUGAUUACUCAAACAGAAUACAUGUCGGUGCUACAGUCUGAAUUUGGCUACAUUGAUGAACAUUUCGAUUUCAUACAGUUUUCACUCAGGAAAUUUUGUUUAACCUAUGGGGCAGCUCUUCUCUACCUAUCAGUGAAAGAGGACAGGAACUGUGAUAUAUUGCUAAAGUAUAUUUUACAUAAGAUAUACGCUUUUCCCUUCAGAAUACCAGCCAUGUUUUUGGAAAAAGACUCGAUAUUCGUCCCAGCGGGCUGGGACAGUGAAAACAAGAUCCAGGCCCUUGCCGAAUCCUUGGCGACCAUCGCGUUCUCAUCACCUUUUGAAGAUGUCAUAGUAAAACCUGGUCGUCUUUCAGACACUAACAGAAUAUUAUUAGAAGUAGAGGCCCAGAACGAUCAAGAAUUCCUCGCAUCUAUACAAGCACAACUGCUUAGACAGCCAGUAGAGAAUGUUUCCGAAUUCAGUAGGGAUAGCACUGCUUCUUCGACAGUCACGCCAAGAAAUCCGCCAAGGCGAGUACAAAGAUCCCCUCAAAAGAAGCAACUGGAAUCGAAGUUGUCAACUGGUGAAGGGGACACCGUUUUGCAGUCUUUCUUUAAAAGCUUGUUGAAAAGGCAAACCAGUGCUCCUGCUGAAAGACCGGCUGGAUUUUCAUCAAGCAGGAGUCAAGCUUCCACUGCAUCUGGUUCUUCCUCUAAUUUCGACAGAAGCACAUCCCUUGAAAACACUUCUAGUACUUACAAUAAAGGUAGUUUAGGAUCAAAGAGUCUAGGUUCAUCUGUUGAUUCGUCUUACCAAACUAGACGAAACAGUGAAGGCGAGAGCUUAGAAGCAGUGGACGAGCUUAAUCCGGCAGACAGUUGCACCAGUAAAAUUCCAAACGAAACGAACAAAGCUACUUCAGAAGGAAGCUCAGACCCUUUCUCUGAUUUUAUGAAGAAGUACAAAGCUCAGGCUGGAGUUGCACAACAAAGCGCCAAUCCUGAUAUCGAUGAAGAACUGCAAGACGUUCAUCAACUUCCGGAAUAUUUUAUGAGCAGUCAAAGUUCUAGUCAAUGUCCUGCUGACUGCUGUUUCCAGACUAAUGGCACAACAGCAAAUGGUAAUGUUGACUCGGAUAUGGAUAACUGCAUAGACAGGGUAAAAAGCAAAUAUAACCCACCUCUCAGACUUUUAUUGGAAUCAAACCAUGAACCACUUAAAACGAAAACUAGUUCUACGAAGCCUACCAACGGUGAAUCCAAGAAAGAAAUGUCGCCUUCUCUAGAAAAAAGAAAUCAGGUUGCCUUACAAAAUUCUGACUCUUUGAUCAAAGGUAACGUUGAGGAAUUUAAGAAUCCUUUGUCCUCGUUGCAUGGUAGUUCAAUGGCAGCCGGUGAUGUCCUCAAAGAGACAUCAAAGGACAGCAAGAGUGGAUAAUCGGGAUAUUUUUGUGCUUCCUGAAAACCAAUCCUAUAGUAUUUAUUGUUUAUCUUCCUCUAAAAUCUUUGAUGUGAUAUAAAGCAUGGAUGUUCUUUUAUGUAUGUAUUUCAUUAUGUCUUGCUGUUGAAUGUUUAUUUAUUAUAUCGAUGUCGAAUUAUAAGAUUUGUUGAAUGAAAAGGGGAUUAACAGUUUAAGAGAAAAAAAACAAUGUUAGGUUAUGUUUGUAUGUAAGAUGUUUUGUGUUCCUACUGAAAAUCAAAUGAUUUCAGAUUAUAUGAAAAGUAAAAAAAAUGCCGAACUAUUGUGUCUACAUUAAAUAUCUAAAUGUUUUGUGGUCCUACUGAAAAUAAAAUGCUUAUAAUUUGUAUUGUGAGCACAUUUAUGAAUGACAUGAAAUUUGGAUCUUAAAUUUAAUUUUCUCUAACGAUGUUAUAUGAUUGCUUGUUUAUAAUAUUUGCCUAGCAUAACACCCCAAGUGCUUCCUUCACCAUUUGAUGGCUUCUUACAAAUAAGUGAAGCAUAUCUCUCUAGCUAGCAAAAAUAAAUAUUUUAUGUGAGUUAAAAAGAAAGCUGCCUUCAAACAUGUAUCAUUUUAGUAGUUAUUAGAAGAAUGCUUGUCAUUUUAUAAAAUUUAUUGUAUUCAAGUGACUUGUAUCAAAAAGUAGAAUUUUUUGUGUGAAAUACAUCGUGAA